UUAAAUGUUAAUGGUGCCUUGGAGUGCCUUUGAGUUUAUAAAUUAUAAUAAAUAAAUACACAAUAAUACCUCUUAUUAUAAAUUAUUAAAAAAAUAUUUUGAUUGUUAAUCGAGUACACUUGCAUUUGCCAAUAAAUCACAUAAUAAUUGGUCUUUACAGUACCUAUCUAUAUAUCUAUAUUUAUUUAUUUAUUUAUUUGUAAAAUUAAUUCCACAACAACAACAACAACAAAUUUAUCAUUGUAUUUAUUUAUAAACUUAUCUAUAUUUAUUUAUAAAAUCAAAAUUUAUUGUUAAAUUUAUCUACAAAAAAACAAUAAAACUGAUUGAUUGAUUUGAUCAGUCAGCCAACAAACAAUAACGUCUCAACAAUUGGAGUAUAAUUGUUUAUUGAUAUUAUUAAACAAUAAAUAUACUAAAAAUGGCCAAAGUACAAUUGGCAAAUGUUGCAGUUUUAGAUAAUCCAUCACCAUUUCGUAAUCCAUUUCAAUUUGAGGUAACCUUUGAGUGUAUUGAAGAAUUGAAAGAAGAUUUAGAAUGGAAAAUGAUAUACGUUGGUAGUGCUGAAUCUGAAGAAUUUGAUCAAGUUCUUGAUACAAUUUAUGUUGGGCCAAUUCCCGAAGGCAGACACAUGUUUGUCUUUCAGGCUGAUCCACCAGAUGUUAGUCGUAUACCAAUAAAUGAUGCACUUGGUGUAACAGUUGUGUUGUUAACUUGCUCAUACAGAGGACAUGAAUUUGUCAGAGUUGGUUAUUUUAUAAAUAAUGAAUAUACUGAUCCUGAGCUUCGUGAAAAUCCACCAACUCAACCACAAUUUGAUAAAGUUCAACGUAAUAUACUUGGUGACAAACCACGAGUAACACGUUUUAAAAUUAAUUGGGAUGAUGGUGUUGGUUCAUCAACAUCAAAUGGCAAUCAGGAUAAUACCAUGGAGGAAGAUCAAAAUACAACACACGAAGAAAGUAAUCAAGAUAUUGCUUCAUCUUCACUUGGUUUUACUGAAAAUACACAAAAUAGCAUGGAAGUCAUGUGAUUCAUCAUUUAAUAUAUAUAAAUAUUUUUUUUUUUUUUUCUUUCUUUCAUAUUUAAUAUUUUGCCAACACACAGACACUCCAUUUUACAAUAAAAUCAUCAUUUACAUGUGUGUGUGUGUGUGUGUGUGUGUGAAAAUAAUUAUAUUAAUAUAAAAUAAAUUUUCUUUUCCAUUUUCAUAAUGUUUAUAAAUAUAAUCAUAAUCAUAAUAAUAAUGAUAAUAAAAAAAAAAUAUUUUUCUGACAGUUGUUGUUACUAUUAUUAUUAUUAUUAUUACAGCGUGUACAUACACAAGAA